AUGCCGUUAAAAAAAUUUGAAAAAAUAAGAUCCACUCUCCAUUUUGCCGACAAUACGCUAUGCUUACCCAAAGAUCAUCCAGACUAUGACAGGCUAUUCAAAAUAAGACCUCUUGAGGAAAUGCUCAACUCCCAGUUUGGAAAGGUUCCCUUAGACCAAAGGCUUUCCAUAGACGAGCAGAUGUGUGCAACCAAAAUGAGCCAUUACAUAAAACAAUACAUGCCCAAUAAACCCCACAAGUGGGGGUUCAAAUUAUAUCUCAUCUGCAGUCUACAAGGAUAUGCUCAUAGAUUUGAGGUUUACAGUGGAGGGGGCUCCAAAAAUAACAUCUUACCUGGUGAGCCAGAUUUGGGAGAGUCUGGAAAUACAGUCGUCAGGUUAGCUAGAAUGGUACCACGCAAUGUGAAUCACAUUAUAUACUUCGACAACUUCUAUACUUCUGUGCCUCUCGUCACCUAUUUAGCUAAGGAAGGAAUUUUCUCACUGGGAACAGUAAGAGUAAACCGAUUGAGAAACUGCAAAUUGCCUGACAAAAACACUAUAAUGAAAAAGAACGUACCCAGAGGAUUCUAUGAGGAAAACGUGGCGACUGUGGAUGAUAUUGACGUAAGUGCUGUUGUGUGGAAAGAUAACAAGCCCGUUAACCUUCUUUCCACUUACGUAGGAGCAGAACCAGCAACCACAGUCACGCGCUUUGAUAAAUCGAAGAAAGAGAACGUUGCUAUUCCAUGCCCCAAAGUCAUCAAGGAACUAGAACUUGCCGAAACCCUCUGCAAAUUGGGUCUACCUGCAAAUGGCGCUAAACGUGGUCGACCUAGUGGGAGCACAAUACAAAGAGAACUUGUAACGAAGAAGUUCCGAGGACCAGCUCAAGCAAUUCCUUUGAAAGACGUCAGAUUGGAUCAGACAUGUCAUUGGGCAGUUUGGCUGGAUAAGCAGCAGCAGAGGUGCAAAUUCCCGAAAUGUUUAGGAUUUACGUUCAAAAUGUGCCAAAAAUGUCGUGUAUCUUUAUGUGAUACGAAAAAAAGCAAUUGUUUUUAUAAAUAUCAUAAUUUAGAAUAA